AUGUAUACAGUCCGGCUACGAAUACACUGGUGCAACCAGGAAAGCCUCCUAAUCGAACCAAACCAACUUUCCCUCAGAGUUCACAAAGGGAUAAAGUGCCUAUGUACAUCCCAGGAAAAUUUGAUACAAAGAGAAAAAGUAAAACUUCCGAGCUGGUCCCACAAACCCGAACGAGAAGAAAGGCACCGAUACACAAUUCAGCAGUUUUAUGGAACUAAGGAAGGGAGUCGAAACUAUCAGGAUGAGAGAUUCAAAAAUGGUUUUAAAUGUUACCAUUGCACCAAAACUAUAAAUAAUAACAUUAAAUUCAUGCAGCACAUCAAAAAUCAUUUAGAGAAAGAGAAACAGGAAAAUCUAUCAUUGAGUGACAUCAUUAAUUGUGAACACUGUGGCCGCCGUUUUAACACGCCAUUUGAACUGCAGUGUCACAUCGAGAAAGCUCAUCUGAAUACGUCAAACUUAAAAUGCAAGAUUUGUGAUAUGGUUUACGAGAGUCGACUAAAUCUACAGUGUCAUUUGAAUACCAAGCACCCGCCUCUACAGAUGCCUUAUCACUGCCCGGUCUGUAAUUUCCGGUCUUCAGUCCAUGACGACAUCAUUGAGCAUUUCCGUUGUAAGCAUGAAGGUAUCAGACAGCUGUUGUGCACUCACUGCCUUAAAGGGGUGCGUGAUGGAACAAGCUACCUUCGUCAUUGUCAGAAACAUCAGACUAAGUCGGGUAAUUCUCGCUGUAAACAAUGUAAAUUGAUGUUCCUGACGCCAGCUGAGUUGAAGACGCACAUGAAAGAAGACCACAUACGCUUUCCUGUGAAGAAGGUGUCUGAAAGUGUGAAAUCGCAGGAACAGAUAAUUCAAGAAUCUGCAGAGCAGAAGCGAGUGUUGAAGCGUGCGAGCGUUGACAGUUUUGAUAUCUAUAAGAAGCAGAAGAAACAGAUGCGAGGUGACGCAAGGAAAGGUACUUUAGAAAGCUAUAGUUUGCUAGAUUGGAAAGCAUCACUGGAUAAAACUCGUAAGAUCGACGACAAUGGUAUGGUACACAAAUGCAGUGAAUGUAGUACAGCUAUAGACGAUCUUGCUGCACAUUUCGCCACGUUUCUCAAAUGUUCCAGUUGUCCAUACCGUACUUAUUGUGGGAUGUCGUAUGGGAACCAUAUGAUUAAAUUCCACAAAUCAAACCGACCAGCACCAAAAUUACACCCGGUGACCAAACCAUCUAUAGAUAUCUUGAAAUGUGAGAAGUGUAACUACUGCACGGAAUCGGGUUCGGCUAUGGCCGGUCAUGUUAUGACCUGCACUAUGGGACCCACAGAGGUAGAAGGCUUCAAGCACCAUACUCGUCCACGCCGUCCAGAAGAAUAUGCCCAAUCUUCGUGCAGCAGUAACAGCCCGGGUACAAAAUGGAUGGAAUCUCCCGAACCAUCACAGUAUCAAGACGAUGGAUUCUUUGAUGAUGUUGUUAAGGAUGACGCAUCAGUCACUGAUGCAGUUUCCAAUAUAAUAGACCGUCUUUUUGGAACUGAUGAUGAACCUCCCUCCCAGAAUCCAGUUGAUGAUGCUAACAUUAUGGCUGAGCCAAGUAUUCCUUCUACAUCUGCUCAAGAAACCAAGGUUAAUGAUGAUGAUGAUGAUGAUAUCAUACUUUUGGAUGAUGAUGAACCUGAAAUAGAGAAAACUUCCAAGCCAGAGAAAAAAACUAUACCAGCUGAACCUGCAACGGUUUUAGAAGAAGAAUCGCCAGUUGUGGAAGAUGAUAAAGAAGGAGCUGCUGAGGAUGCCUUGCUGGAGAGCCAUCCCGCUGAGGAAGAAGGUGGUCUGGAAGAUAACUCUUUAAGCAAAGAGGAAGAAGAUAAGCUGUUAGAAGAUGAGGAAGAUGAGCUAGUUACAGAAGAUGCCAAGGCAGAUGUAGGUGAUACUCUUACAGAUGGUACAGACGGAGUAGCUGUUGCAGAACAUUGCCAGGAUGAACAGGUUUCACCUGAUAAACCUACCAAAGAAGAUUUUGGUAGCAGUGAAAAUAAAUCUGAUGGUGCUGGGAGCGAGGAAGAUGCAAAGGAUGUACAUGCAGUCGGAAGUGGGGAUCCUCUGGAAAGUAAAGAUGAGGAUGUAGUUAUGGCAACUAAUGAUCCUGGAGAUUCAGAAUCAGUGGAUCUCCUAGGUAACCACCCAUCAGUUGAAGAUAAUACUAUGGAAGUUGAUGCAUGAGAAAUGAGAAUGUUCUUCAUUUACGUUAAAAGAUACUUAAUUGUUGGUAUUUUUGUACUAUGUACAACCAUUUAUAAAGAGACGCUGGACUUGUCAAAUUGGUGAUGUACUGUGGAAUACUUUAUUUUCGCUGGAAUUAAUUUUCGCUGAAAAGGCUUUUUGGGCGUUUUGUAUGGAACUUAUUUUCACUGAUUUUUGAUGAAUUUAAUGUGAAAUAUAGGAAAAAAAGUAUAUUCCCUGGAUUUUAUUUUCACGGAAUCAUCCAUUCAGCGAAAAUAGCGAAAAUAAAUUCCAAGCGAAAAUAAAGUAUUCUACAGUAUUCAGGGCAUCAUAUCAGCAGUAGUGUUUGUAACGUAAAAUCGAACUGACGUAGUCGUAGAAUAUCGUUUGGUGUAAGAAACGUAUCAAAUGUGGACGAUAACGAUUUUUUCCUAUACAUCACAUAUUUAUUAUUUCGAUAUA